UAAACUUGUUCAUCUCCAGAACCAAUUAAAACCCCACAGACAUCAAACAGUUGCAGAUUUCCAAAUGCUCCUGAGCCUCCUCAGAAAACCCAAAUCCGCCACCAUCUCCGCCGUGAAUUUACGUCUCUCCGGCAGGACCUCGCCGUUCUUCUCCACCCUCGGCCACCAGCCACUCCUUUCCUCUACAGAAGUCCAACCUCUUACAAAAUCAGCCCUCCAAUCCCUUGUUCUCUCCCACUAUCACCAUGGCAAAUUCCGCAACCUCCUCCAGCACGUCGUCGCUUCGCCUUCCCUCCUCCUCACCGCUUGCCAGAACCUUAGAAAACAUGCGCCGGACUCACCGCCGCCGCCACUCACUCUUGACUGGGUGUCGGCUCAGUUUUUCUCCCUCCAAGAACUCUCCUUUCAGCUCUCCAAGAGCUCGUUGGAUGUUGAAUCAUGCUGCGUCCCUGUUUUUCCAGAAGCUAGCAGAGGUACACCCCUUGUGCUUCCCAGUCUGAAGCUUAAAGUUGUGCUUGAAGCUGUUAGGAUUGUACUUGAAGUCAUUUAUGAUGAUAGGUUUGCCACAUUUUCAUAUGGCGGCCGUGCAAACAUGGGCCGCCACACAGCGGUUAGGUAUUUGAAGAAUUCUGUGGAGAAUCCCAGUUGGUGGUUUAGUGUUAAAUUUGAUAACGAAUUAUUUGGUGCUAGGCAUGUAGAUAAGUUGUGUUUGAUGCUAGGAGAGAAAAUUGAAGACAGUGAACUUCUUGAUUUCAUAAGGAGGUUGUUUGAUUGUAAGGUAGUUGCUGUUAAUCUUGGUGGGGUUUGUUUGGGUAGAGGGCUGCCGCAAGAAUGUUCUCUGAGUUCAAUUUUGAUUAAUGUUUACUUGAAUGGGUUCGAUAAGGAAGUGCAAGAAUUACGGCUGAAAACCAAUAAGGAGAAUCCGGAGUUCAAGGAAAAUGAGCUUGUCCCUGGGGAAUCGAGUUCAAUUAAUGUUUUCUAUAAGCCAGUGAAGAUUUAUGCAGUCCGGUAUUUGAAUGAGAUAUUGAUUAUUACAUCAGGAACGAAGAUGUUGGCAAUGGAUUUGAAGAAUAGGGUUGUAAUGUUUAUGGAACAGAACUUGGAUUUGAAGGUGGAUAGACAGAGAACAGUUAUUCAUAGUGCGGUUUCUGAGAAGAUUCAUUUUAUGGGGAUGGAGCUUCAGGCUGUUGCACCUUCAGUUCUGCGUCCGCCAAUGACAGAGAAAGCAAUUAGGGCGCGGAAGAAGUAUCUUAGGCAGAAAGAAGUCAGACUUUUAGAGUUGAAAAAUGCAAGGGAGAGAAACAGGAAAAAGUUGGGAAUGAAGUUAAUGAAUCACGUGCUCAAGAAGUUGAAGCGAAGCAAUGGAUUCAAAUUCGACUUCGAAAUAGAGAAUGAAGUGAGGCAAAUCUUUAGCACUUGGGCUGAUGAAGUGGUCCAUGAGUUCUUGAGAUCUGUAGACGAGCGGUGGGAAUGGCACCGUGAGCUCUCAUCUGGUGAUUUUCUCUCUUUGGGCAGGAUCAGAGAUCUGCUCCCACAUGAUCUUGUUGAUGCUUAUGACAACUUUCAGCAUCAAGUUGACAAGUAUUUGAAGCCAGUGAAGGCUAAGAAGGAACUGGAAGAAGAAGUGAGAAGAAGAGAAGAAGAGGAGGAACAAAAGUAUGCUCAAAAAACUGUCGAGGAUUUGACAAAACGUUGCAUCAAAGUCGAUGCACCCAUAGAACUCGUACGAAAGGCCGUCAAAAUGGUUGGAUUUACCAAUAAGAUGGGUCGUCCAAGGCCAAUCAGUUUACUUAUGGUUCUUGAAGAUGUUGACAUUAUCAAGUGGUAUGCCGGGGUUGGAAGAAGAUGGCUCGAUUUCUUUUGCUGCUGUCACAACUUCCGAAACAUAAAAACUGUUGUAAGUUAUCAUCUUCGUUUCUCUUGUAUCUUAACCUUAGCAGAAAAACACGAAGCCACCAAGCGCGAGGCUAUGAGGCAUUUCACAAAGGAUUUAAAAGUUUCCGGUACUAAUGGAACUGAAGAAGUGCACUUCCCUUCAGAAAGGGAAAUCAAGAUGAUGGGAGAUAAAAAUCUUUCAGAUCCAAAGCCCGUUGAUGGAGCCCUGACUUUAGCCUUGAUCAGACUGGUUUCUGAUGAACCUUCACGCCGUUGCAUUGCUCAUUUUUGCGACAGAACCGAUACAAUUGUUUACAGGAUCCGGUUACUGCAGAACCAUCUGAAUGUGAACCCAUUGGACGACUAUAGUUGGGUUCUUGGGAUGGCCGUGAUUCAUGAGAGUCUACAUAGAAAGUGUGUCCCCCUGUGUUCGGACCACAUAAGUGAGUUAUACAUGGGAAGGUUGACUUUGCAAGAUAUUGAUUGCACUGAUUUAGCAGACAUUGAUUAAUGUACCAUUGUUCAACAAAUUGUUUUUGGUUACACUGCGGAUGAGAAACAGUUGUAUGUAUAUUUCUCUCACCAUAUAAUCAAAGUUAAAUCUCUCUCCCCUU